AUGGAGAUGUCCGACGAUGACAUUGACUCUUCGUUCCGCUCCAGCAUCCCUCCAGCUCUCGACCUCAUCGUGGCUGUUGUCUACACUGUUUUUGGAGUGUGCUCUCUGAUGGGAAACAGCACUUUGUUGUACGUCUCCUACAAGAAGAAGCACCAGCUGAAACCCGCCGAGUUCUUCAUCAUCAACUUGGCCAUCAGCGACCUGGGGCUGACGCUGUCCCUCUACCCCAUGGCCAUCACGUCCAGUUUCUACCACAGGUGGCUGUACGGGCGCACGGUCUGCUCCAUCUACGCCUUCUGUGGGAUGCUGUUUGGCCUGUGCAGCCUCACCACCCUCACCCUCCUCAGCACCGUCUGCUUCGUCAAAGUCUGUUACCCGCUCUACGGAAACCGCUUUAAGGCCCUUCACGGACGCCUCCUCAUCGGCUUCGCUUGGCUGUACGCUCUGGUGUUCGCCGGUUCUCCUCUGGCGCACUGGGGAGAGUACGGCCCAGAACCCUACGGCACGGCCUGCUGCAUCGACUGGCGCCUGUCCAACCUCCGCCCCGGCCCUCGCUCCUACACCGUGGCGCUGUUCCUCCUCUGCUACAUCCUCCCGUGCGCGGUCAUCCUGGCGUCAUACUCGUGCAUCUUGAUCACCGUGCAGGCGUCCAGAAAGACCAUGGAGCAGCACGCAUCCAGGCAGACGCACAUGAGCAGCAUACAGGCCAUUAUCGUCAAGCUGAGCGUGGCCGUGUGCAUCGGCUUCCUCACCGCCUGGAGCCCCUACGCCGUCGUCUCCAUGUGGGCUGCGUUCGGGCGGGUGGACGCCAUCCCCCCUCUGGCUUUUGCUUUGCCCGCCAUGUUCGCCAAAUCCUCCACCAUCUACAACCCCGUCAUCUACCUCUUACUACGACCCAACUUCCGGAAAGUCAUGCGUAGAGACCUGAGAACUCUGUACCGCGCCUGUCUGAAGGGCUGCCCCUGCCUACAGCCCGAGACCUCAGCCCGGCUACCCACAAUCCACAGACAGAGCCCCUCCCCGGACCCCAACGCGCCCCCUGCUGUGGACAUUAAGGAUAACAGCAGUAAGAGGUGCAGCGACGCUUUUGAAUGCUUCCGGCACUAUCCCCAAACGUGCAGCGCCGUCAACUCAGUGGGUAAAGCCGAGGGGAAAGACGUAGCUCCUCCCACUCCUCAGAACAUCAAGGAAAAGGGUCAAAGGAGCAGGAAGUGUCCGCUGGUCAGUAUAUGCACGAAAAGAACACCUGAAAUAGACAAUCUGCACAUCGACCUGGAGGUGGUGCCGGGGCAGGCCAAGGUCGCGUGGCCCUGA